AUGGAGGAAAUUGCUGGAAUCCCGGGCAAAGUGCCUCCAUUGGCGUUGUACCCCGAUGCGAAUGUGAAAGCCAGCCUACUCGAUGGAGAAUGGGAAGCGUGUCUCGAGUCAUGGUUGUUCAGUCUGGAGUUUCGACUGCGUCUACAAGAAACGGACUUUUCCAAUUUCAAGUUCUCACAGAGUGCCAGUGGUGUUGAUUUUCUACUCUCGUAUUUCGAGUCAAAUCCUGGGAAGGAUACGGCGUCGUCGAAGUCGCAGAAAGAGCGAAUCCUGUUCAAACGGGCAUACCUACUUCUGAGAAGGCUGCUACUUGUCACGGAGGUUCCGUUUGACUGUGGCAAUGACAAGCUCAUCCACUUCCUGGAAAUGGCGAGUGGAACCUAUGCAACUGUGGCGGAUUGGAAAGCCGUUCUGAAGCUUGUCUGGAAAAGAGACCAGAAGCAACUGACGCAGGCUGUGGCAGAUUGGAAGAGGAGUAUCUCCAGAGAGCUGUCGGAAUCCUUGAACUCACAGACAUUGGUGGACAAGAUCCACAGAAUCAAUGACCUAGUCAAGGUCUCCCCAGACACAGGCCUUGAUCUUAUGACUGGCUCCGAUUAUCUGGAGACCCUCAUGGAGGCAUACAACCGGCUUCAAAGAGCACAUGAGACGAGUACACUUGAGAAAGUGUUGACUGAGCACCUCUUCUACUGCUUGCGUAGUCUCAUGGUGGACAGCUCCUCACAUGGAUCGCUCCUUCUAGACCACCUCUACUUCAUGAAAUCAGAAGCGGAACGGAAGGCAAAGAGCAAAAACCACCACCCGACGCUGUGCUCCAGCCUGAUUUGCAGCACAUCUUUUCUCAAGCAUCUUGCAGCGAAUCCCGCCAUCGCAUCGGGCAAACGUGGUCAAGGAUUACUCGAAUUUCUUACCACGUACCGAGAGAACCACAAGCACCUACAUCCACCCACAGAGCCGAGACACAAGAAAGUCUCCAAGGGCAAGGGCAAGGCCGAUCCGAAUGAGGACAUGCAUAUCCACAAAGCUUCUCAGAUAUCGCAAGUGCACGACCUGUUUCCAGAGCUGCCGAACCACUACAUUCUCAAGCUCCUCGAUCACUUCGGCGACGACGUGGAGACGGUAAUCGCGGCGCUUCUGGAGCCUGACUCUUUGCCACCUCACCUCCACGAUCAAGGCUCGCACAACGAGCCUGUAGCAGCGAACGCCGGACCGACAUUCGAUCUUGCACCCCGUUCAACACCGCCUCUACUCCCGCAGAGGAAGAAUAUGUUCGAUGGCGAUGACUUCGACAGGCUUCAAGUUUCUUCGCAGCGAUUACACAGAGGCAGGAAGGAGAUUAGUCUUAGCCAAGCUGAGACUGGGGACGAACAUGCCCAGCGGAAAGCAGCCAUCAUAUCUGCUUUGGCUGCAUUCGACUCGGACGACGACGAGCGCGACGACACGUACGAUGUCGCUGAUGUUGGUGGCACAGUUGAUGCAACACUCGACACCGACGACCGACCACGGCCAGAGAGGCUUCCGGACCAAAACCCGCAUGAAGAGACUCUGUUCCGCGCAUGGCGAGACAACCCAGAACUCUAUGCACGGGACAGCAAGACUCGUAUCUCAAAGAUACGGCAAGAGCUAAAGAGGGACACGGGAAUGAGCGACGAGCAAAUUGAGGGAUGGGCAAUCAUGUUAAGGAAGGAUUCAAAGUUGCAAGACCGAUUGGAGAAGAAAUAUGCCACAACGCAGACAUUCAAGGGAAAUCAGGCUACGAUUGUCUCCAGCAGAUGGAAGAGCAGUGACACGCCCGAAGACAACGAGGAAGGAGAAGGUGUCAGUGGGCAACGUCGCAUGGGACAGGCAGAGCCCAGAGGCAACCGCACCUGGGGACGUGGCGGUCGCGGUGGGGGAAGUACGGCAGGCCCCAGCGGCGACGCGGCAACACAGGCUGCCCGAAGACGCAAGGAACAAGGCAAAGGAAGGGGAGGAGCGAGCCACAACCGGCGGGAAGGCAGAGCUCGGAAGAUGGGUCGAGGCAUGGCAAGUGUGGUGCCGCAGUAG